AAAAGAAAAAAGAAAAAAAACACACAAUCCAACAGUGAAAGCAAGCAAGCGAAUCCUUUAAUAAAUGGAAGAAUUUAAUUCAACUCCUAGUCUUUCCUUCUUCUUCUUGUCUUUCCUCCUUAUACUGUCAAAAAUGGCAAUGCAUAAAUGGAUUCUUCUGGGAUUCUGCAUUUUCUUCGUCUCAGCUGGAGCUACUACUCUUCAAGUGCAGGGAAAAGCAGGAAAAAUUACCAACAACCCUGCUGAUCAGUUAGUAGCUACUCUGACUGGCAACAGAACCGCGCAUGGAUCAUCCAAUCUGUACAGCAACCCAGGAUUGGCAUGUUUAGCUUUGCAAUACAUAAAAGCAUAUCAAGGUGAUUGUGGUGCAGUUGGGGGGCCAAAUGCUAAAAAGCCUGCCGAUAGCGAAUUUGCUGAGACUUUUGCACCAAACUGUGGUGUGGAGACUAAAACUCUCACCCCAAUAACUGGCCGUCUAUUGGGAUGUGAGACCAAGUAUGUAUCACCUUCCGAGGCAUUCUCGAGUAUCUUAAUACAUGACAGUAGGAGCUUGGAUAUACUGUACAGUAAAAAUCACACAGAGGUCGGUGCUGCUGUUAGUGGUUCAGAUGGUGGUUCACCUUAUUUUUGGUGUGUGCUUUUCAGCAACGGCACAUCAAAAAACAGCUUUGUCUUGGAAGGAGGUGAAGCUAAGAUAAGUAGACCUGGAUGUUUUAGUGGUGCAAAUGAUGAUUGCAGUGAUGCUAAUCAUAAUGCACUUUCCCUCCAAAUCCCUUUACUCUGGUCAAUUGCUGUUGGAGUUAUGGCGGUUCUGCUUUCCAGCUUAUGAGUUUUUUUUCCUUCACCAUUUGCAUGGAAAUGUUUAGACGAGAACCUGUGAUUUGGCGAGGUUGAGAUAUCAUUGGUACAGCGGACACCCACAUAGUGGGAUAAAUGCUCAGUUGUCCUUUUUCAUGACUCAUUUAGUGGCCUCAUUUGUUGUUUCAUUUUUUCUUUUUUCUUUUUGUUUUCCAUUCAAUCAGUAGUCAUUUAGGCAUACAUGUACCAAGUUCCAGGUUUUGAUUGAUUCAUUCAAUUUUUAGGAAUGGUCCGAUGUUAUUUUUCCUUCUGUUACUACAGUGAAAUGUUAUCAUAAGGUCAGAUAUAUUGGGGGUUCAACUACACAUGUUCGUUGCAGUUUCCAAAUUCAGAUUUAGUUUGAUUUUAGCAUAAACCUGUUACAAUAAACAUUACACUAUCAAUAAAAUUCAUUCAAG